AUGCAAUUAUCAAAAACAAAGAAACUUAACGAUAAUGAAGUUCACAAACAUGCUCAACAACUUGAAUUACAAAAUGCAUCUAGCUGCCAACCAUCCUGGGCAACAACACAAAUGAAAGAACGAAGUAAACAUGAGAUUUUAAUUAAGGCUCUUAGUGUUAAAUUGUUGCCAGCAGAGUUAGGUAGUGUUACAUAUCGAAAUGAUAAGGCAGCAUUGCAAUUUUUACGUCAUGUGCUUCUUAUUUACACGAAGAAAUUCUUGAAAAACUGUUUAGGUUGGAUGAUUGAUGAAAGCACUUCUCGAAAUGUAAAAAACAGUCUCAUAAUCUAUGCCAGAUAUUUCGGAAAUGGUGAAUCUAAAACAAAUUUUUAUGGAGUUUUGGGCUUAGAUGGUAGUGAUUCAAUCGUAAAUAUAGCCAAUGGAAUUAAAUUAUUGUGGCGAAAAGACGAUUUAAAUCCUGAGAAAACAUGUUGGCUUGCUGCUGAUAAUGCUGCUAUAUUUACUGGUAUUAAGCCUUUGUUUUAA